AUGACCAGGCGGGCUCUGCUGGUGCUGAUGAUCCUGACGUCGGGCAGGGCCCUGCUUGUCCCCAUGACCCCUAUUCCAGCCUUCCAGCUCCUCCCUCAGAACCCUCCCCAAGCCACUCCCCGCCCUGUGGCCUCAGAGAGCCCCUCAGCCAGCACCGUGGGCCCCUCCACUGCUUGGGGCCACCCCAGCCUUGGCCCCCGCCCAGGCCCCCGCAUCACUCUCUCACUGGAUGUCCCCAUUGGCCUCCUGCGGAUCUUACUGGAGCAAGCCCGAGCCAGAGCUGUGAGGGAGCAGGCCGCUGCCAACGCUCGCAUCCUGGCCCAUGUUGGCCGCCGCUGA